UCAGAAAUCAGUCAGUUACUGGUCCAACACACACAAGUCCAAAACGGGAACACGGGAACCUCACAUGGCCCCUCUCUUCUUUUUCCCCGUUUCCCCGUUCUGCCCCCAACCCAUUCUCUCCAUUACCAAUAACAUUGCAAAUCACCUGAGCCAACAAUUUUCACACCAACACUUACCUCACUAGCAAAUCUCCGAAUUGUGAUUACGCUGUCUGAUAUAAUAUUGUAAUAUUGUAAUAUUGCUCGCUCGCUUCCAUUACAGCGACCCCAAACUGAUUAACCCACUCGAUCCUGCCUUGCAAUACUAGGGCGCCUUCCAUCCCAUGUUUCUGUACACUUCUACUUCCUCAUCACAUGUCAUCAUGUAAACAUGAUUUAGCCAAAGCCAACCCACAAAUAGGAAAUACUUGGUGUGAGUGUGAUAGCGAUAAGAGUUAAUAACAGAAAAAGGAAGGUGCUCUCCAACCAACGCCUUCACACAGACUCUCUCUCUCCCCCCACGCCCCCUCCCUACCGCCUCUGCCUUUAUAUGACCCGUUUCGUCCUUCUCUCUGCUUCAGGGCUCUCACCUCAAUUCUGUCUCUUCCUUCUCGGAGCCCCUCUCACCAUUCUAUCAGGUACCAUCCAAUGGCUUCUCCGCCCGACACCAGCAAGACCAUUAAGCUCGAGCGUUACAACAGCUACCUUCGCCGCCUCAACAAUACCAAGCUCCUCAGUGCUUCCUCCAAGCUUCUCUUCCGCGCCACUCUCCUCGUCGCUCUCGUCCUCGUCUUCCUCUUCACCCUCAACUAUCCUCCCCUUUCCGACAAUCCCAAUCCCCCCCGCCAUUUCCACACCCACAACAACUUCCUCUCCUCCGCUUUCUACGGCGCCGGCGCCUCCUGGGAGAAGCACGUCCGCCACUCCUCCGCCCCCCGCCGUCCCAAUGGCAUUUCCGUCCUUGUCACCGGUGCCGCCGGCUUCAUCGGCACCCACUGCUCCCUGGCCCUCAAGAAGCGCGGCGACGGCGUUCUUGGCCUCGAUAACUUCAACGACUACUACGAUCCCUCCCUCAAGCGCGCCCGACAGGCGCUCCUCUCCAAGCACCAGAUCUUCAUUGUCGAAGGCGACCUCAACGACGCGCCCUUGCUGUCUAAGCUAUUCGACGUCGUUCCCUUCACGCACAUCCUCCACCUGGCUGCUCAGGCGGGCGUUCGCUAUGCGAUGCAGAACCCGCAGUCCUACGUGAGCUCCAACAUUGCCGGAUUCGUCAACCUCCUGGAAAUCGCCAAAGCCGCGAAUCCCCAGCCCGCCAUCGUCUGGGCGUCUUCGAGCUCCGUCUACGGUCUGAACACGCAGAACCCCUUCUCCGAAUUGCAUCGGACCGAUCAGCCGGCGAGUCUCUACGCGGCCACCAAGAAAGCGGGCGAGGAAAUCGCCCACACUUACAACCACAUUUACGGACUCUCCCUGACCGGCCUGAGAUUCUUCACGGUGUACGGACCCUGGGGGAGACCCGACAUGGCGUACUUCUUCUUCACCAAGGACAUACUGCAGGGGAAGACCAUCGAUAUCUACCAGACGCAGGAGGCGAAGGAGGUGGCGCGUGACUUCACCUACAUCGACGAUGUGGUGAAAGGAUGCAUGGGAGCGCUGGACACGGCGGAGAAGAGCACCGGGAGCGGGGGAAAGAAGCGGAGACCCGCGCAGCUGAGGGUGUACAACCUGGGGAACACGUCGCCGGUGCCGGUGGGGAAGCUGGUGUCCAUACUGGAAGGGCUGCUGGGCAAGAAGGCGAAGAAGCACGUGAUCACGAUGCCGAGGAACGGCGAUGUGCCAUUCACGCACGCGAACGUGAGCCUGGCUUACAGGGACUUCGGGUACAGGCCCACCACCGACCUGGCAACGGGGCUGAAGAAGUUCGUGAAGUGGUACGUCAGUUAUUACGGGAUCCAGUCGAGGGUGAAAAAGGAAAGUCAUGCGAGCCAGCAGCAACCCGAGGAAUCCGCUUGAUCAUUAUCAUCCCAGCAUUUCUUCUUCUCUAUCUCUAUAUAUUUUACUGGUUAAGUUAUUGGUUUUUUUUUUUUAAACUGUUUUUUGUUUUUGAAUCAAGUCAUGUGAAGAUAAUGAUGGUGUAAAAUAGAGAGACAUAUAAUGUAAGGACACAUAUAAGAUUGGUACAGGAGAAGUGGAGGCGAUGGAUUUGGGGGGAAGAAAAGAGGAAAGUGUAAGAUGUGCGAGAGAGGUGCUGGUGUAAUAAUGGCGGGUGGGGUCUGCUGCAAAGGCUGUAGAUCUCAGCCCUUGGAUCUAUAUUCUUGCAAAAUAUCUCAACAAAUUUAUUACGAGUUUCACCAUA